GCUCCUCAGCACCACGCGCUCCUGGUCCCCUCCCUCCUCACUGACUUUCCUGCGUGGCCAACAUUUUUAAGAACAUCGGGAUCCCUGAAAACAUAAGAAAAAGGGCUGGGUCCAGGCCACCCAGGAAACUGACAGAGACACCCCAGCUGGAGACUCCAGUCGUCCCCGCCCCUGCCCCGGGGGUGUUUGGGACCUCUCCCUCCAAACCCAGCGGAUGGAGGACCACCUGGGUCAGAACGGAGCCGUGCUGCCCCACCUGGACAUCGCCCUGAGAACGGAAGGACAGCACCCUCCAGUGGGAUUGCUCACCCCGCUGCGGACGACUGUCAGGAGGAUGACGAGAGAGCCGCUGCUGUGAUAGUCCAAUCCUGCGACUCCGCCUCCUGCAGCUCACGUGCCUCCUUCCUCCAGCAUGGCCUCGGGGGGCGAGGGAGCGAAGCUGGUGGCCAUGGACACAGGCCAGGGAGCUGGCCCGAGCAGUCCUGGCGACAUAGAAGGGGACCUGCAGGGGCUGCUGCAGGAAUUCUGCCAGCUACAGUCCAAGCAGAGGAAGCUGAAGAGAGAGGUGGAGAAGCACAAGGUGUUUGAAGACUAUCUGAUGAAGGUCCUUAAGGAAAUCCCCAAAGGCCUUCGGGAGGAGCCGGAGGAGGCCCUGGUGGAGGCCAUGGUGGAGCACUACGGGAGGCUCUUCACCGCCAGCCAGGAGGCCCAGCAGUGCCUGGAGGCUUUCUCCCAGAUGAACCAGGCCAUCCUGCAGAGCCUGGAGUUCCUGGAGGAGGGCCACAGGGCUCUCGUGCCAAGCCUGAAGAUCCAGCUGUGUCAGCUGCAGAAGAAGUGUCACAGCAAGCAGUGGAAGAGCCAGCUGCUGAAACGCGGUGUCACCUGCCAGAAAGACUCUGUCUUGGACGCACGUCCGCACACCCGGAGCUACAGUAGCAAGGUGCUCGACUACUUGCAAGUGACCGUGGACAACAUGGCCCAGCAGUGCAGCCGUGUAGCCCACAGGGCGCCCAAGAGCCGGGGACUCUUCUCCAAGCUCGAUCUGAUUAAGGAAUUCAUGAUGGACAAAAUGGAGACCGUGAGAAUGAACUCAUUGCUCACGAAACCCCGAGAGUGCUGGUCGGGAGACAGCCCCAGGGAGCACAGAAGCUAUCCCAAGCCCUCCAGGAGUUGUCUGCAGAAGCAAGGGCCGGGCCCCAGGACCCCCUUACCCGAGGCCCAGACUUCGGACUGCCCCAGCCCGCGCUGAUGGCCCGCUGCAUCAUGACCGGCCCGUUACCUGCUUCGCUCUUUUCUCUCCACCGCCACCCCGGGGGGCCUGGGGCAGUGAGGAGGUGGGCAGGGUCCUGGGCCUGGCUGGGACAGGCAGGGAUCAGGUCGGGGCUGCAUGGGUCAAGCAGAGAGGAGCAGGAGGGUGGCCGCGGCCAGGCAGGUGGCCGCGGCCAGGCACCCGCACACCCAGGGGCCCGGCUGAAUUUCCUCCUGCUGUGGUGGCUCCUGAGACUGAGCUUCCCGUAUCUGAUUGGCUAUUGCCAGCUCUGAGUCACAGCAAAUCUGGAAAGAGCCAGCAGCCAUGGGACACAGGAGCUGACGGGAGCCCAAUGGGGUGCUGAGGUUGUAGGGUGCCCCCACCCCUGCCCUGGUGCCUCCUGCCCUCCCUGAGGGUCCUGGAGCUGUUCGGGGUGGCCGCUGCUCUCGGGGACACCUGGCAAGGCAAGGCCUCUCUCUGACCUGUUAAAGUCCUAGGGAGCCCCUCCCCCAAGCCCCUGCUCAGGUCAGGCUUGGAGAAGGUCCACCUACAUGGAAGACACUGGCUUGGCUUCCUCCCGCUGUGGCCAGGGUAAAACCAUCCAGCAACCCCCAGGCCCCAACAUAUGCAGCUCGGGGGUCAUGCCGAUGAGGUCAUGCCAACUCACUGUUCCUCUGUCAUUUAUUUGGCUGGAGGUUUAGGCUGAAGGGCAGACGGUGAGCUGCACACAGAGGGAGUUCAGCGUGGGUGCUGAGGUUCAGCCGGUGGAGGCGGGACCGCUCUAUUCCAGGUCUGGAGGGAGGCGUGGGGCGGGCAGCCUGCACAGGUCUUGGCCCUGAGUUCCUUAGGAAGCUAAGCAUCAAGAAGAAGGCUGGGCACGGCAGGCCUUGCAAGCAGCUUGAAAAGAGAACCAAGGUCAGGUGCAGGGUUGCGUCUUAAUCCCAGUGACUUGGGAGGCUGAGGCAGGAGGAUUGCAAAUUCGAGGCCAG